AUGGCGUCAUCAACCGGCCAGCCAAGGCACCCGAUCGACUUGGACGCUCUCGCUACCUACCUGCAGAAGCACAUGUCCCAGGUGAAAUUACCUAUCGACAUCAACCAAUUUGAGUACGGCCAAAGUAAUCCGACCUAUUACAUCACCGACCAGACUGGGGCUAGAUAUGUAUUGCGGAAGAAACCCCCAGGUCAAUUGAUGUCAAGCACGGCUCACGCAAUCGAGCGCGAAUUCAAGAUUCUCUCUUCCCUUCCGGCUGAUUUUCCAUCGCCCAAAGUUUACGCUCUAUGCCUCGAUACUUCGAUCAUCGGAACAUCCUUCUACCUGAUGGAGUUCAUCAAAGGACGAAUAUUCCAAGAGGUCGACCUUCCCCAGAUCAAAGACCACGGCGAGCGCGUGGCCAUCUACAAGAGUGCGAUUUCCGUCUUGGCACGAUUACAUUCGUUCAAACCGGCUGAAAUCGGCCUUGAUUCGUACGGCUCUCAGAGUGACUUUUAUGAGCGUCAAAUCAAGUCAUUAGGAAAGAUCAGCGGGAUCCAAGCUGCCACCAAAGAUGAAAAAUCUGGGGAAACUGUCGGCGACAUCAUCAAGAAGGAUGAUUUGUUGGAUUGGUAUAAAGCCCGUAAACCCCCACACCAAAUUACGAUUGUCCACGGGGACUAUAAACUGGACAACUUGGUGUUCCAUCCCACCGAACCUCGUGUCAUCUCAGUCUUGGAUUGGGAGUUGUCUACCUUAGGUCAUCCGUAUUCCGACUUGGCCAACUUGCUCCAGCCGUGGUAUGCACCUUCGAGUCUCUCGGUGGGAUACCAGCCUUCUCUCCUCCUUGGAUUUAGGGAUUUGCCAAUUGACCAGAUGCCCAUUAGGAUCACUGCUGAUGAUCUAUUGAAGAAGUAUUGUGAACUCACUCGAAAAAGUUACCCGCUCAUCAACUGGGAGUGUGCCGUAUCUUUCGCCUUUUUCCGGCUCGCUGUGAUCGCUCAAGGAAUUGCUGCACGUAUCGCCAAGGGGCAGGCUAGUUCCGCUCGAGCAAGCGAGUACGGAAGUAAGUUUCAGAUUAUCGGCAAAUACGCUAUAGACACCAUCGAGAUUUAUGAACAAAAGAAAAGCAAAGUAAUGGCAUAA